AUGUUGGACGACAAAGGCGGACAGCUCUCUGUCGCGGAAGGGCUUAUCCGCAAGUUUGGCAAGGAUUAUGGCAAGCUCCAAAACAGCAUGAAAUGUCGUCCAUCGGCUAACGCUCCACAGACCCAGGCGAGGUUUGCGAGGCACGACGUAAUGCCUAUGGAGUCCAGUUUUAACGUGAAGCAGGUACACGCUUACUGGAUGGCUGCAAAGAACGAUUACUUGUUGGUUCCGAAGUCUGCAUUUGGCGACACGCCAUUUCCGAGUUAUCCGUAUCGACGAAGGCUUCCCAACUUACUGUGCCGAGAAGGAUAUGAAUGGCUGGACAGUCGACGCUGGAGACGUGACAGCAAUAGUCCUGUGCCCCAAUGUUUUCAACAAGGAGGUCCACGACAAUAUCCAACUGAGUGCGCAGCCUUUGGGGACCAUACUGGACACGAUGGUUACGCGCUCAAUAAAUCUGUACCAUGAAAUGUUCCAUCUUGCCUUCCCGGAUAGUGAGUCCACGUCGUCAGACUUUGCAUGAGCCGAGCUGAUGAAAAUCCGAUAGGUCCUGUUAUGCAGUCACCCGAUGCAAUACAGUGGUUGGCUAAGAAAGGGGCGGGGCAUAAGAACAAGAAGGGUUCAGCCCCUCUGAAAAGGUAGUGCCACGCCCUGCGUGAACAUAACUCAGCUGACUUGCAACAAGUUGGCCCCGUCAAAAGUCUGCCUGGAAACUCGGCAAAUACAACACUGAUGGAGCAAUCAUGUGUAUGUAUCUGGCAUUGCAUGAUAUGGCCGAGCCCGUCGCUGCGAAAGCAGAUCUCGAAGGAAUCAAAGAUCCAGAAACGUAUGCCUGGUUCGGUUUGGCUCUGUACAUGACGACGGAGGGGAGAGAUCACCAAGACUGGUCGACUGGAGCAUGUCGGGAUCACGGCUCGCCUCCACGCAUGGUGACGGUGACGAAGGGUAUUAUGGGUCGGCAAGCGCAAGCGACGCCGACUCCCAGUGCAGGCCAAUCCGAGUAG